AAUAAUUAAUAACAAUUAAUUAAUUGAAAUUGUAGUCACAGAGCGCGGAAAUGUAAUAAAUCUCAUGUCAUCCCGCGAUUUUACAGGCCAUUACGAAUAAUUACGGGCGAUUGUUGGCAAAUCCGUUAAAUCCGAAAAUUCAUCAUGUUCUCUCGCGGAGAGAUCUGAAAUUACGCUAAACGUUAGCGCGUCGGAUUAUUUAAUUUAUUCAGCGUGAAUAUACAGGCUGAAUACAAAUAAAUCAUCUGCGUUCGUUUAAAAGCGCCGUUAAUAACACCGUAAGAAAUAUUGUCGAGGGACAUUAGUGCAGCAAUUUCGUUAACAUCUUCCUUUCCUUCUCCUCGAGGAAUUCAAAUCUAAUUCGGUCCUGCACGCUGUGACGAUAAGGGAUCCCCGUGUUAUAGCCUUUCUUUCACGAUCGCCGUAUCACAGUCGCCGGGCGUGAAUUCAUGCACCGCAACGCGCGAUUGUCGGCGCGGAGCCGCCGCACCGCAGCAUCGCGUCAUCAGUCAACCGAUGUCGGACAAUCAUUUCCGCUCUUCCGUCCGUAUAACCAUUAGCGGGACGACGGACACUAAUAACGUUGCUAUUUAUUCUGCACGCAACACGCCCGGCUUUCUCGGUUUAACCUCUUCACGGCGUGCAGCCCGGAAUGCAUCGUAGGUGCACGUCGACUAUUGAUCGACCGGUCGACAGUGCGCAAGUCAAAGGGACAUUCACGAACGCGAGCCACCCUCGCGGUCGUAGUACGUUUGCGUCGACAUUUGGCUGCCGUUAUACUUGUCGCACGGAGGCGCGAGUUCAUUACAAUGGUACUGGGUGAAACCGAUCUCGGCAAAUCGACGCUCGUAAACAGCCUCCUCCUCGGGGACCUGUGCAAAGAUCGGCAAUUUCCGGAUGCGACGGAUCGGAUGGCUAAGACCACCUAUCGAGAAAAAAAAGACAAUGGAUACGAAAAAGCGUGGCGUUCAGCUCCACUUAACGGCCGUAGAUACACCAGAUUACGACAGCGACAGCGAUGAGGAUGAAUUGACCAAUCAGAGUCGAUUGUUCAUCUCACUACACUCGAUUGUGAUUAGUCAAUUUCUUACGGCUUACGACUUACUACACUGCAUAUUAUAAAACCGGCCGAAGAGUUAAGCAGCAGAAUAAGAAGGUGAAUACCUGUAUAUUGUUGACAGUCGUUGGAAUUGGAAGUUCAAUCGUGCUGAAGGUUGCCGGAAAGAAAAUUCGCGGCCGGCAAUAUCCAAAAUCUUCAAGGAAAGUGCGAACGGAAAGCUUGCUACGGGAAGAUCUUGAAUUCGAACGGAAAUCGCGAGUGUGACAGUAUACAAACAAACUGUGUGGAGAAUCAAUACUGAGCGCGAUCGAACAGAGAGAACGGAAAAUUUUAACGAUUCUUAUAUAACGACAAAAUCAAGAGGCAUUCGAUAAAAUAUGACACGUGCCAGAUUUUUUCGCAAAAUCAGUGGCUUGCGUUUGCCACCAAGGGAACAGUGUCGUGCAAAUUCGGUCAUAACUUGUCCGAUCGAACAUAAUGAAACGAAAAAUAUAAACGAGAUGCAAUACGCACGGCCGACCGAAGAUAUUCCUGGACCAAAAGCGUUGCCCUUGCUUGGCAAUUGGUUUAGAUUCCUACCAUAUAUAGGUAAAUAUGCUAGGGAAGAUGUUUCAACGCAAUUACGGAUGUUGCGUGAUGAGUACGGCGAUAUCGUUAAAUUGGACAAGAUAGGAUUUCGUCGACCGACCAUCCUUCUAUUCUCACCGGAGCUGUGCAAAAAAAUGUAUCGGGUGGAAGGCAAGUGGCCGGUGCGGAUUACUAUGGAAACUCUACAUUACUAUCGCAAGAACAGGGAACAUAUCUACAACGGGCAGUACGGCAUCACAACAAGUCAGGGUAAAGCAUGGCAAGACAUUCGAUCAAAAGUUAAUCAGUUCAUGCUGCAACCGCGAAUAAUCAAAGUGCACGUGGAGCAGAUCAGCGAGAUAGCCAGCGAUUUCGUGGAGAGGAUGCGAGCACUGCGGGAUCCUGAGACCCUGGAAUUGCCGAGCGACUUCAACAACGAAUUACUAAAAUGGGCCUUAGAGUCAAUAUGUUCAACCGCGAUGGACUGCCGGCUAGGAUGCUUGAAGCCGAAUCUUGCUGCGGACUCGGACCCGCAAAUAAUGAUAAAUGGCUUGAGAGAGAUGUUCGAUACGAUAUACCGCAUGGAAAUGCAGACGUCUCUGUGGAAGAUAUACAAUACGCCCAAUCUCAAGAAGUUAUUCCGUGUGUUGGAUACGGUUUAUGAAAUUGCUAAUAAACACGUCGAGCGGGCUAAGACUAAGUAUGAAACAAUGGACAAUAGCACAAAUCAGCGUGACCAUAGGAUAUUAGAGAAACUUUUACGCAUUGACAAGCACACGGCACAAAUAGUGGCGCUCGAUAGUCUAAUGGCUGGUGUCGAUACGACUGGCAACGUAUUCGGCGGUUUAUUAUACUAUAUAGCGAAUAAUCCAGAGAAACAAGAAAAAUUGCGGGAAGAAGUAAUGUCCGUGUUACCGGACAAAACAUCGCGCGUUACGCCGAAAAUCCUAGAUCAAACGAGAUACGCUAAAGCCUGCAUCAAGGAAUCCCUUCGAUUCUUCUCCAUCACUCUAGUCGUUCUCAGAACUAUGCAAACAGACGUUUGUAUAGGAGGAUACAGAAUACCGGCAGGGUUCAACGUCCUCGCUUGUCAUUCUCUGAUCGCGCAAGAUCCCAGGCAGUUUUCACGAACGCAAGAAUAUAUUCCCGAGAGAUGGUUGCGGGACAACACCGAGUUCCCAUCAGCCAAGGAGGCGCAUCCCUUUGCGAGUAUGCCAUUCGGAUACGGCCCCCGCACCUGCAUCGGCCGGCGAUUGGCCGAAAUGGAGAUGGAGACGUUGCUGUUAACAAUCAUACGAAAUUUUCGAAUCGAAUGGCAUCACGGAUCGCUCGAGUACGAAAACCGAAUGAUAAAUACAUUGGUGACACCAUUACGAUUCAAGCUCAUCGAUUUGUAGAUCGUUACAAAUCAUUCCACGAUCGAUCCACAUGUGUCACAAAGAAAGUCAGAAAAGUGUCCUACCAACAUUUUAUCCGAUUUUUUUCUUUGAUAAUUAUAUGACAAAUGUCGGUGCUGCCACUGGUUGUACGAGGAUCUGACUGGAAGAAGCCCGACUGAGAAGUGGAGAGGAUACCAUCGGCCAACAACAAUUUUUACAAUUUUAAUCUAUGUCUACGAGGACAGAAAGUGCGACGCUUUACAGGAAUUUUUUAGCCUGAAAGCUAUAAAAUUUCAGUAUAAUAAAUUUGUAGAAAAGCGCGCAUACACUAGAUAUGUGUAUUUAUGUUUGAAUGACAUAAAAAUGUGACGAAUAUAUAAAAUUAUAUAAAUUGUAUAUAUAUCAUUGGAAUUUUCUGUAGCAAAUAUGUACCUUUUUAUACUCAUUUUUUAUCUACGACAGACUAGAAAAAGCAUAUUGUGACACAAUUUUAUACAUAUUUGUAUUGUUAAUAACAAGAAAGUUAAAAAGUUA